AUGGCGGCGGGUGAUGGGGACGUGAAGCUAGGCACCCUGGGGAGUGGCAGCGACAGCAGCAGCGAAGGCAGCAGCGAGAACCCGAGCGGCGCGGGAGCGGAAGGGGGAGGCUGGGCGGCGGCGGCGUUGGCGCUUCUGACGGGGGGCGGGGAGAUGCUGCUGAACGUGGCGCUGGUAGCGCUGGUGCUGUUGGGGGCCUACCGGCUGUGGGUGUGCUGGGGGCGCCGGGGUCUGGGUGCCGGGGCCGGCGCUGGAGAGGAGAGCCCUGCCGCCUCUCUGCCUCGCAUGAAGAAGCGGGACUUCAGCUUGGAGCAGCUGCGCCAGUACGACGGGUCCCGCACUCCGCGCACCCUCCCCGCGGUCAAUGGGAAAGUCUUCGACGUGACCAAAGGCAGCAAGUUCUACGGCCCGGCGGGUCCAUAUGGAAUAUUUGCUGGUAGGGAUGCCUCCAGAGGACUGGCAACAUUUUGCCUAGAUAAAGAUGCACUUAGGGAUGAAUAUGAUGAUCUCUCAGAUUUGAAUGCAGUACAAAUGGAGAGUGUUCGAGAAUGGGAAAUGCAGUUUAAAGAAAAAUAUGAUUAUGUAGGCAGACUCCUAAAACCAGGGGAAGAACCGUCAGAAUACACAGAUGAAGAAGAUACCAAGGAUCACAAUAAACAGGAUUGAACUUUGUAAACAACCAAAGUCAGGGGCCUUCAGAACUGCAAUUCUUACUCCCUUUCACAGAAUGUCCAGCGUCUUUGGGUUUGGUUCACCUGCUGCAAAAAACAUUCAACAGAUUGUGUACAAGAUAAAUGAGUCUCACGGAAGAUUUGAAUACUAGAUGUUAUUUAUGCUGCCAAACUCAUUUGUUUCAGUUGUUUGUAAUGUCUGUUGGGGCUUCAUCAUCCUGAAAUGAAGGAGACAGGGAUUUUUUUAAAGAGCAAGAAAGUCACAAGGUUACUUUUCUCUUUUCUUUCUUUUUCUUUUUUAAAAAAUAUAUCAAAGACAACCAGAUAUGUAUUUGCUACUCAAGUGUACAAAUCU